UGACGUCACGCACCUCGGAAGUUCCGAGUUCGAUUCGAACGCCGGAGAGCAAGUCGGGCAGCAUCAGACCUGACUGCAAUGGCGGAUCUUGCGGCGUUGGCGUUUUUUGUGGCAGACGAAAUCGACAUCGUGGAAAUUCCCGUGUUUUUGCAUGAAGAAUUCGGCGAACAGCGAAGGCAUGUUCCAAAAAUGAUUGGGUUUGUGGAUGAUGUCAUCCCUCUAUACAAUCUGCCAGAGUUUAGGAGUCAUUUCCGGCUUUCUAAAGGACAAGUGGAGGAUGUCAUCACCACACUUGGUCCUGUUUACCAAAAUCCCCUGAACACCAAAGUCCCCUUAAAAGACAUUGUCCUGGCCUGCUUAUGGACCCUGGCUAAUCAAGAGUCCUAUAGGGCUGUUGCAAACCGCUUUAAUAUCAGCAAGUCCUCUUUGAUGGUUCAUUUGCAUCAGUUUUGUGUGCUGAUAAACACACACAUGGUACAUCAUGUUACCUGGCCAGUGGGGCAAACUCUUCAUAGGUCAGAGUUGGGAUUUGCUAGGGCAGGUUUCCCACGGACCGGAUUGGCUGUUGAUGGCUGCCACAUCCCGAUUCGGAAGCCACACCGAAAGAACCCACUGGCAUACCUAAACCGGAAGAAUUUUUAUUCUGUCAUUCUGAUUGGCUUUUGCGACAGCCAGAGGAGAUUUUGCCACGUGAGUGUGGGACACCCUGGCAGCUGGCAUGAUGCCAGAGCUUUCCGGCACACGGCAGUUGCUGAGGCUCUGGUGGAGGACCCCCGAUCCCUCAUGCCGGAGGGUCUGCACAUCAUUGGAGACUCCGCCUUCCCACUCCUGCCUCAGUUGCUGAAGCCAUAUCAGGACAAUGGACACCUCACAGACCGGCAAAAAAACUAUAACAGGAAACUGAAUGGUGCCCGUGUGGUCAUUGAACAGGCAUUUGGAAUUCUAAAGUCCAAGUUCCGCCGACUGAAAUACCUGCAAAUGGACAGUAUUCAGAAGAUCAGUUCAGCAGUGUGUGCCUGCUGCAUCCUAUACAACCUGUCAUACGACCCUGGGGAUCAGCACCCUGGCAUAAUGAACGAUGAGGCCCUGGAUGACGACAUUUAUCCACCUCAGCCUCUAAAUGAACAGGCAGUUCAUUACAGAGACACUAUUUGCAAUAGUUUAUAAAGGCCAAACCACAGACAAACACACACCUCAGCCUCUUACAUGUGCAAGCAACUGUUCAUAGGUAUUAGCUCUGCCUUAAACACAUUCAUCCCUCAAAAGCUGAUUGUGAAAUUGAGUGGGUUAGGGCUGAACACCACUCUCUGCAAGUGGAUUUUGGAUUUCCUGACGGCGAGGCCCCAGUAUCAACAGUUAGGUUGCAACACCUCCAAUCCCAUCACAGUACAGGAGCACAGGAGUGUCUGCAGGGCUGCGUUCUUAGUCCUCUGCUCUUCACCCUGCUGACUUAUGACUGCAUACGGUAGCAGCACACAACACCAAUCACAUCAUAAAGUCUGCAAGUGAUACAACUGCACUGGGACUAAUAAGCAGGGAAUGCAUAAAGAGAGGAGGUGGAACGGCUGUCUGCAUGGUGCAGAGACAACAUAUCUCUCAGUGUUGAAAAGACAAAAGAGAUAAUCAUGGAUUUUAGAAAGACUUGUCCUGUUCAUGCCCCACUCAGAGAUCGUAAGGAGUACCAGGUUCCUCGGUGUGCACAUAACUGAGGAACUUGCAUGGACGGACAACCCCCUCCUCCCUAACCAAGAAAGCCCAGCAGUGAUUACACUUCCCGCGGCGGCUGAAACGGGCGAGGCUCCUCCCUUCCAUCCUCGCCACGUUCCACAGAGGCACCGUCGACAUUGUUCUGAGCAGCUGCAUCAAUACCUGGUACAUCAACUGUAACACAUUCGAUCGCAAACGCCUGCAGAGGUUAGUGAAAACAGCAGAGAACACCAUCGGGGUGCCCCUUCACUACAGUGCACAUUUCACAAGCGCAGUGUUCGCAAGGCCUGCGGAAUCAUGCAGGAAUCCUCACAUGGACUGUUCACUCUCCUGAGGAGAGGAGGUUCUGCAGCAUCAGAGCCAGGUUGGAGGACAGCUUUUAACCCAGGCUGUCAGGCUCCUCAACACCAUGCUGUGCCCCCCUCCCCCUUAAAGUACUAUGCAGAACUAUGCACAUGCACAGCCACUUUACUGUCCAGUUUGCACAUAGACCAAAAGUACUGGAAAUCACACAGCACCUUUAAAUAUCUCUUGCACAUUGCAGUGUCACUUAGUCAUGCCUGCGAUAUGAAGAAUCAUCAUUGUUCUGUACGGUACUGUUUCUUUUGUUAUUCUUUAGCUGUGAGACAUUCUGACCUGUCAGCUGUUUACACAUGUUCUUAAACAUUCAACACACUGCUUUUGCCAUUUCAUCUCACUGUACACUUCUAUACGGUUGAGAUGACAAAGUUCACUUUGACAAAUUUGCCAUUUUGCUAUUGGAUCUUUGCACUGACUUUGGCUGCUUUAAAGGGGGUGUUGGCAACAUGUAAAUCAAGUUCACAUUUUUUGUCUUUUAUGCAGUCAUUGCAGGAACCUUUGUGUUCUACCUUGUAUUUGACCUUUUAAUGGCAGUGUCUCACACUCAAGACCCCUGCUGUACCUACCUGGGGCAGGUCAUGGAACCUGGGAGCCACGAAUCGUGCCCAAAUCAGCAGGGAAUCUGAGCAACUAUUGGUCCCUAGAGAUCCAGACUAAGUGAUCGCUGUCUUUAAUCCUCCUGAACCUCUCCAAAUCCGGCCGCACAAGGGACUCCAGCACAGCAGUUCUCCGCUCAGCGUGGGCUUCGUAUGACUCGAAGAAUGAUGCAGCUUGGCUUGCUGGUUUCCUACCCGUGGCCCCGUCCGUAGCUGUUUUUUUGGUUAAAACGGCAGGAUCGGGCUCUGGUGCUGAAGGCUGAGGGGUAGAGGGGACUGUAGAGGUUAUUCUGCCCCCUGGGGCAGCCCCAACUCCUGACCGGCCAAAUAGGUCAUCCAUAAUCUGUGGAAACAAAGACCAGCAAAGUGACAUUAGCUAGAAAUUCUGUAGUAAUUGUUGGAAAACUUACACAAUAUGGCCUUGUGAGCAGGGGUGGUCUAAUGGUUAGGGAAGCACACUUAUAACUGAAAGACUGCUGGUUCGAAUGCCUGACCAGCAAGGUACCGCCCCCAAGCACUACUCCAUGGACGCUGAAUUAGCUGCCCCCUGCAUGUCACGACGUCACGGUUAAGUGCAGAGGACAUGUUUUGUUGUGCACUGUGCUGUCAACACUGAUCACCAAAUUUCUAAUUAAGUAGUGUAAAGUUAAAUGGCAUGAUGUUAACAUGAAUAUCAAGACUGGUGAACAUUAGUAUACUUACUGUGUAAUAAUCCCAGUUGAUUGCUGCCUCUCCAGUGGUCUGACAUCUGUGUUUGACCCUUUUAUAGGUCGCCAACAUGUUCGAGAUUUUCUUUCUUAUCUGCUCCACUGAGAAUUUGUGGUUCCUCUGUAACAUCUCUUUAUGGACUCUUCUAUAAAAAGCUGGCUUGUUUGUGUUGUAAAGGGGUCGAUGUUUCUUUAUCGUUGCCAGCAGAAGAAGUGUGAACCGGUGUUUUAUCUCUGAGAGGAAAAGAUCGCACUGUCAUGUCAGUUCAAAAUGUUUCACUGUGAUUUUUCUAAUAGGCACUAUACCUGGUUCUGCUUUUGCAAUGUCCAGGUGUGAGUCGUCCUCCACAGCGCUAGGACCUGCUGUGUGCGUCACUGGUGGCUGGAUGAGAAUGGCAAGGUUCAGGGGCCCAGGUAGAGUUGCAGUAGUGGGUCUUGGGGAUGCAGAUGGUGCUGGCAGAAUUAAAACAGGAGGCAGAGCAGAUGAUGUGGUAGAUAUAACUAUAAUCAUUUUAACUGGUCUCGCAUUGUACAACAAAAUGUUUUGAUAAAACAAAUACAAAAAGGAAAA